AUGCGUCUCUCGUGUGGCGUCUGCCACUGCGCCGAGUCGCCGCAGUGUCCGCCAGAAAGGAUGGGGAGGGACUUCGUGGCGAUCACAGAUUGUGGGCACGUCUAUCACCAGUCCUGCCUCGAGACAUGGUAUCGCACGUCCAACGAGAAGGGCUGUCCGAUGCGCUGCGUCUACCUCAACGUCAAGCGCGACAAGCCGGGACGGUCGCUCAACUCUCGCCUGCAAGAACCCUUGCCCUUCCUCACGAUCUUCCCGACCUACGACAAGGGAGACGCUCUGUCGUCCGACCAACCGGGACCGCCUGAGGAGGCGAACGAGCCUGCGCGGAAGAAGCGGAAGCUGAAGGCGAGGGCUGUUCCGGACGACGAGGGCGACGAGGUGCAGACUGAGUCGGAGGCAUCGCAGGGUGCGGCUGGGAUAGACGAGGUGACACGGUUGCGGAAUCAGCUGCGGGAGGCGAUGAACACGGUCCGCGAGCAGCGGCAAGCGCUCGCGGGCUAUCGCUCAACUGACAACGAGCUUCGGGCGUCUGCCUCAGCCCCUCAGCAGCCGGCCCAGAGGCGGCGGGCGCCGCCGGACGACUUCGACUAUUACGUAUCAUCGGAGGAGGAGUUCUCCGACUACCACUACGAGGACGACUGGACCGCCUUCGCUCGGCGGCAUCCUUACGGGCGGGAAUACGAUGAGGAGGGAAAGUGUAAGCGUUGCGGCGCAGCCCACGACGCCGAAGACGAGCUGGAAGACCUACGCAGUGCGGUGGAGGCCUACGAGAAAGAUACGGAGACAGCGGUAUCCGCCGAAGAAUACGCCCGACUGGAAGGACGUCUCGCCUCGCUCCAGACUCGACACAACGAGCUUUCGGCCAAGUACAACGAGCUCGACAACGACUAUCGCACGGAGAAGAUUGCCUGGCGGGACGAGAAGCAGAAGCUGAUGACGCAGCUGCGCGAGUCGGGCGACAGCGGCCAGGAGAUGAUCAAGGAGCUGCAGGCCGAGGUCGACAGGCGCGACCGCGAGAUCUUGCACAUCAACGCCAGCAUCGACGGGAUUCGCCAAGUCGCGCAGGACCAGGUCCAAGCCGCCCAACGACAGGUGCAGCGCGCCGAAACGAGCGCGAGCGAGGCCAGAGUUGCAGCCAAGCAGAGUGUCCGGGAGGCUGAGGCGAAGCUCAAGCAGGAGGAGGAGAAGCGGAGGCGGGUGGAGGGAGCCAACAAGCGGUACGAAGCCGACCUCGCGCGCCUGAAGAAGAAAGUUGCCGAGCUGCGAGCGAAGCGCGGCAUCGUCGCGACGGACAGUGACGCCGAAGAAUCCCCUAUGACCGACAACCCCUCCACCUCCUUCCCUUCGCGCCAGUUCAAGCGCACGGCCUCCUCGCGCUCGUACAGAUCGCCUUCACCUCCCUCUGACGGCCCGUCCUUCAAGGUCAACAACAAAUCGAAGCUGCUCGCCUCGCCAACGAAGAAGCGGCACGAGCGCACGCUGAUGGACGAGUGCGAGGUCUCGCGCGAGUACAGCGAUGACGAGGAUGAUGAGCUGGAGUAUGCGGAUGAGGAAACGAUGCGAGCUGCGGUGCGAGAAGAGCAGAGGUUGAGGGAGAUGGAGAAUGAGGUGCCCGCCCGACCAGCAAAGGCGCGGAAUGACGACGACAGCAGCGACGUCGAGAUCGUCGAGUCGUCGUACUUCGCGUCGUCGUCGGCUAAGGCGAAGCAGGAGGCGCCCACACGACCGCUCUCCGCCCACAACAGCCUGUCGAACGUCUCUUCUUCCGCCUCCUCAGCUCAACUCAGCGCGAAGCAGCCAUCGCCCUUCCCUUCUCUUGUUUCCGCCAAGACGGCAGCCGCGCCACCGAAGAAACAGCCAUUGGCGAAGAGUUCGAGCGACAAGUGGCUACCCAGCUUCGCAUCAAGCCACGUCGUCCAGACAGGUCCGAAGCGGUCCGUGAAGAGGCGAUAG